AUGUUGACGUGUGUUGUGUGAUCCCCCACCAAUACAUUAUUUUCGGAAACGUCUGAAUUCAAUUUUCAGAAGCAAAGAUGGACCCCGUACGACUACGCAGCGAGCACAUUCUGGUGGCUCACCGGAUCACUCGCCAUCCCGCUCAACCUCAUUCUCAUUUAUUUGAUCGUGUUCAAAUCGCCCAAAAGCCUUCAACUCUACAGUAUUUUUCUGAUCAACACAACUCUCGGAGACUUGGUUUUCUCGAUUUCAUGCACAUUGGCUCAGAUAAGGUAUAUCAACAGGAAUGAAUCCAAAAUGGUAAUGGAGAAUCCUUCAGAAUCAUCCCCAACAAAUGGGCGUUCGCCUAUGUUUCCCUUGGUCCCGCUGGCUGGAUCGGAGGCUCCCAAGGCGGCUACUGGGCCUACUGCGUCAUGCUCCAUUCCCUUUUCUACAUGUUCCUCUGCUUUCCGAUCUCGUUCGGGUUCCGUUACUGGAUCCUCAUCAGACCGGCGCCGGAGCAAAGAUCCUGCAUAAUAAUGUGCUUUUGUCUAUGGCUUGUCGCCUUUGCUCAACAUGUAAAAACCACUCUGAUAGAGCCAUUCAAAAAUGACCGUUUCCAGAUUUGCUUCAUUUUUUCCGAGUCUCCGCCAGAUGAGAUAACCGCGUAUCUGAAGGAGAACAAGCCGCUGUACAAGUUGGAUCAUUUCUUCAUUUCGGGCAACCACAUGAUCAAGUCUCCACUGACCUCUAUCACUUUGGCUACAAUCGUUCUUCCGAUGUUCCCCAUUUACUGUAUGGUCAUCUUCUUCUAUAAGAAAGUACACAACUAUCUUCUGCACAACAGAACAGUCAGUCCAGUCUUUCAUUGGCCUUCUUCGAACGCAAUCGUAUUUCAGACAAUGAGCGAAGGCACCGAGAAAGGCCAUCGGAAGUUGAUCCAGGUGCUGACGAUCCAGGCCUCGGUUCCCAUCUUUCUCGUUUUCCCUCCCAUCACUCUUUACGGUCUCUAUCACCUCCAAUUCAUAGAUGUCACGGUUGCAGAAUACCUCGUUUAUACCAUAUUCAGGUGCCCUCCCGAGCCCAUUCCAUCCACUUAUUCCCAUCCUUUCAGCGUAAUUCCGCUCGUGCAGCCAGUCAUCACUAUAUACUACAUAAAGCCGUACAACCACGGAUUCCGACGGCUCUUCUGCAGAUGGAUGGUCCGACCGUUGCCGGCAAAGUCGCUGACAACUAUUUACGGGGAAAAGGAUACGCGUUACUCUUCCACACGAUACGAUUAA